UAUGUGUAUGCCACAGAAAGACACACACCGGCUGCUCUGCAAACCAAACCUCCAGCCACUGCUUGACACGCACGGCGCAGAGACACACACGCACACAUGCCCAGAGCGCUGCGAACUAACCCCCCUCUCCCGCCCGAAGCGAACAGGCUUCCGCAAGGCAGCCCCGCUCAGAGAGGGACACCCCGGGACGCUCCGAGGGACACAGGAGGUGUGGAGGCGCUGCCCAUGGCUGACAAGAGCUUCAUUGAGAAACCCGAGUCCUGCCCGCAGAAGGAGGAGGCUUUGGAGUGGGGCUACGAGGAAGGAGUCGAGUGGGGGUUGAUCUUUCCUGAUGCUAAUGGAGAAUACCAGUCUCCUAUUAACUUGAAUUCAAGAGAAGCCAAAUAUGACCCCUCACUACUAGAAGUACGUUUAUCACCAAACUAUGUUGUUUGCCGUGACUGUGAAGUAAUUAAUGAUGGGCAUUCCAUUCAAAUUGUCCUUAAGUCAAAAUCAGUGUUAGUAGGUGGGCCAUUACCUCGGGGACAUGAAUUUGAACUACAUGAUGUUCAGUUUCACUGGGGGAGAGAAAACCAGCGUGGCUCUGAACACACUGUUAAUUUUAAAGCUUUUCCCAUGGAGCUCCAUCUAAUCCACUGGAACUCUACACGGUACAGCAGUAUUGAUGAAGCAGUGGGGAAGAAGCACGGUAUAGCUAUCAUUGCUCUGUUCGUGCAGAUAGGAAAGGAACAUUUAGGCCUAAAGGUCGUAACUGAAAUUCUCCAGGACAUCCAGUACAAGGGGAAGUCCAAAACAAUACCCUGUUUUAAUCCCAACUCUUUAUUACCAGAUCCUCUUUUACGUGAUUAUUGGGUAUAUGAGGGCUCCCUUACCAUCCCACCUUGCAGUGAAAGUGUUACCUGGAUAUUAUUUCGAUAUCCAUUGACUGUAUCCCAACUGCAGAUAGAAGAGUUUCGAAGACUGAGGACACAUGUUAAAGGUGCAGAACUUUUAGAAGGCUGUGAUGGGAUAUUAGGAGAUAACUUUAGACCAACUCAGCCACUUAGCGACAGAGUCAUCAAGGCUGCAUUCCAGUAGCAGAAGAAAAAACAAUAAUGAUAACAAAACUUUAUUUAGGACUCCAGUCACCAAUGAGUCAUUUUAGUGUUACAGAGCUCCACUCCUUGAGACUGAUAAAGAUGGAGGAAAAUGACGUCAUCUCAAAGGAGGGUUGUUUCAUUUGGAUCUCCUCUGUCCUCUGUUAAAAUGUUACUCUUUUAUUCCAAAUGCUGCACAUUUAGUUAGACACAGCCAAUGCAUGCAGAAGAGAGGAUGCUGAAUAACUGGCCUUUUCAUGGCUAAUGUUAAUUUGUUGUUCCAUUAAUCAGAGUAGGUGUGAUUGUUUCUUGCCUCAGUAAUGUGUUUAGCUUCCACUGGCUUGAAGAACAAGAAGUAAAAGAUGAUUUUGGGUCCCGUGCAUAGGUGCAAAUACACAUUUGAACCUUCACUACCCACACGUCAGUUAAUCUAUUUCCCCAUACCUUACAUUUAAAAAUCCCUCAAUAUUCCAGCAUAAGUCACCAACCCUCAUUACACUUAGAUAAUCAAUGUACUACACAGCAGCCUAGUGAUGGGAUAUACUAACACUGAAUAAAAGAGAACUUACUAUGCAGACAAUAGGAUCAGCCCCAACUUGGUAACCAACAUUAUUAUUUAACAGCCCUCCAACAUUGUCAAGAAAAUGGACCAUUCCAGAUGCACAAGCUACUCACUUGCUCUCUGUAAUGACUGAUGAUGCAAAAUAAGUAGACAUAUCUCCACAGCUACAAUGAUCAACAUCCUCUCCGCACAACAUACAUUUCAGGAUCCAUGGGUCUUAUACACUCCUGUCACAAUAAUGUGAUGUACCUCAUCCAGUACAUCAAAUGCCCCAACCAUGUGGGUGAAAUGAGACAAUCACUAUGUUUCUUAAAUGAACUCACACAGAAAAAUGAUAAAAGACAAAAACACCAUAUCACCCAUGGCCAAACACUUUUCACAAAGUGAUCAUUCCAUCUCUGACCUCUCAGGCCACAAAGGAAACCUGCAUAACACCUUCAGAAGUUGAGUCUGGGAGCUUAAAUUCAUAACUGUGUUAGACUCUUAAAAUCAUGGACUCAGUAAAGACAUUGGGUUUAUGGCUCAUUACAACAAUCCGUAACCCACCAACCCUCCUUUGUCCUAUGACUGCAGAGGUGUUACCUGCCCACUUCACCUUGAAUGGUCUCUUGCAACAUGUGUUAACUUUAUGCUUAACAAUUUGUAUUUAGCUGUGUCACUCUGAGUACCUUUCCCAUACCUGAAGCAGACCUCUGUGUAAACUCAAAAUCUUGUCUCUCUCAACAACAGAAGUUGGUUCAAUAAAAGAUAUUACCUCA